AUGACGGUGACACGCGCUGUGAUCGGAGUUGAUGUCGGAGGAACCAACACUGAUGCUGUUAUAAUUGACAAAUCUGCAGAGACAUUACAAAUUAUAUCGGAAAUAAAGACUCACACGACAGCUGAUGUGACUACCGGUGUUAGCACAGCAAUUCAUCUCGCGCUGAUUGCCUCGCGGAAAGAAAAUCGGACGCUAGCAAUACAGCAAGUCAACAUUGGUACCACGCACUUUAUAAAUGCAGUUGUUGAAGGUAAACGUCUCGCAAAAGUUGCUGUGAUAAGGCUUUGUGGAACUGCCUCGAAAAAGCUGCCACCAUUCAGUGAUUUUGAGAAGAAUUUGCUGUCAGUUGUCCGUGGUUCGUUGUUUCUGGUCAACGGUGGUUACCAAUUCGAUGGUCAAGAAAUUACGCCGGUCGAUGAAAAAGAAAUCCUGAAUUGUGUAGAAAUUUUAAAGGCGAAUGGAGAGGAAAAUAUAGUCGUGUCAGGUAUUUUCUCACCGGUACGUCAACAGCAAGAAAAUCGAGUGGUGGAACUUAUCCAGAAAGUGUACCCAGAAGCAAGCAUCACAGCUACCCAUGAAAUUGGAAAGAUUGGGCUUCUUGAGAGAGAAAAUGCUGCGGUACUGAAUGAGUGCAUCAAACCGUUAUGUUUGCAAACCAUACGCGGUUUUCGGCGGGCACUGGACGACCUUGGAAUAAAAUGUCCCUUGUAUUUAACACAGAACGACGGAACAAUUCUAAGCGAAAAAAGGGCGUUGAAGUUUCCUGUAUUCUCCUUUGCUUCCGGCGCGACAAACAGUAUGCGAGGGGCAGCUUACCUGACUGGUUUGAAAGAAGCAUUGAUAUGCGAUAUCGGUGGCACAAGCACAGAUGUUGGUAUUCUGCAAAAUGGGUUCCCGAGAGAAGCCUCGGCCGAGGUUAAAAUUGGCGGUAUCCGAACUAAUUUCCGUAUGCCGGACGUCAUCAGCAUCGGUCUUGGUGGUGGAUCUUACGUAAGGAAAGCGGUCGUCAAGGGCAAGGAACAAAUGAAGGUCGGACCGCAGAGCGCUGGAUUUCGUAUUGUUUCGGAGUCGCUCGUGUUCGCCGAGUCAUCGAAAACUGAGGGGCGGGUUGUUACAGCAACAGAUAUAGCAGUUGCGGCAGGAUUUGGUGAAGUCGGCAAUAAGGAGAGUGUAAGCCAACUUGAGAAGAAUUUUGUAAAAGAGGCUGUUGAUAAAAUCCAUAACCUGGUCGGAGAAUGCGUUGACAAAAUGAGAUUCAAUGAUAGAAAUUUGCCGCUGGUUCUAGUCGGCGGAGGAAGCAUUAUCAUUGGCAAAGAGGCAAAAUUCGAAGGAGUCUCGGAGAUCAUAAUCCCCGAACAUUUUGGCGUUGCUAAUGCAGUCGGUGCAGCCUUGAGCCAGGUUUCCGCGACCGCAGACAAAGUUGUAGAUUUAGAGCACUAUGUGGACAAACCUAAACUUGACAAGUUCCUUCAAAGUGAGUUAGAGAAACAUCCAGAUGCUGAUGAAGAUUUAAGGAGGAGUAUCACUGAAAAAUCCAGGAAAGGGUUCUACAAAGAGGCUAGAGAUAUGGCGAUAAAUGAAAUAAUCGAUGCGCUUAAAGCCGAGGCGGUUGCUUCAGGUGCGAAGGCAGAAACGCUGACAGUAGUUGAAAGGUAUGACGUCACUUUGUCCUACAUUCCAGGAAGCGCUGUAAGAAUUAAAGUCAAACUCGUCGGCGACCUGCUUGUUAAUAACGAUUCAACGGAGCAGUUCUUAGUAGAUGAGAGUGUGUAUAACAGAAAACCGGUGACCGGCGAACAAACGCAGAAACAGACAAUGACCACAACAGGAGUAGUGUUGACAGACGAAGUUAGCGGUAUUGAAGUCAGAGAGCCAGAGAUUAACCAGGAAACGGGGGAAUGGAUUCUGACACCAUACGACAUUGAAUGUCUGAGCAUUGGUGCUGGUAUAAUGGGAUGCGGUGGAGGUGGGAACCCACAUAUUGGCUAUCUUCUAGCUCUCAAAGCGCUAGAAAGUGGUAAAAAGAUGCGAGUUGUAACUCCUUCCAGAUUCAUGAAAACUGCUCACCAAGAAAACGACUUGGUCAGCAUGGUUGCCUUUAUGGGAGCACCUUUGAUUUUCUACGAAAAGCUUAUAACAGGAAACGAAACGGUCGGGGCUCUCCAGUGCAUGCAGGAUCUUUACCUUUGUGGCGAUUACGAUACAGAGGCUUGUGACUUACGCAACAAAGAUGGCGUCGAAGUAAAGAAGGAGGACGGAGUGGUUUAUAUUGACAAUUACACGAAAAGGGCUGAAAGUGGACACAAACAGAUUGGCAAAACAAACAUUGUAGCGAUCAUGAGUUGCGAAAUCGGAGGCAUGAACUGUUUGGAACCCUUGAUCGUUGGCGCCGAGCUUGAACUUCCAAUCCUUGACUGUGACGGAAUGGGACGCGCGUUUCCGGAGCUGCAGAUGUUCGCUCCGUUCAUGUACGGCUACAAGCCAUAUCCGGCAACGAUGGCCGACGACAAAGGCCGCCGGGCUGCUGUACUGAAGAUCGAUACACCAAAGCACCUCGAAGAUCAUCUUAGGGCUGUUGCCAUCAGCAUGGGCUGUAGCAGCGGAAUUAGUCUGACACAUUUACACAGGGAUGAAAUCAUGAAAUUUACGAUUCAGCAUAGUCUUAGUCAUGCUAGAAGAAUUGGCGAUACAGUUCUCCGAGCCCGUGCCGAAAACCGGGCACCAGUGAAGGCUCUCGUAGACGCUGAGCGCGGAAAGUACAUCAUGUACGGGAAAAUUGUGGACGUUCUCAGAGAAACCACUGGCGGAUUUAAUAGGGGUAAAAUUGAUAUCGAUGGCCUCGAUGAAGAUGACGGAAAGAAAAUGUCGAUUGAGUUUCAGAACGAAUUUCUGACCGUGAGGGAUGUUACCAACGGGAACAGUAAAGUACUGGUAUGCGUCCCUGACCUGAUCACAAUGAUGGACUCCGACACCGCUCAGCCAAUCCCGACAGAGGAAGUUAGCUUUGGUAUGCGUGUGGCGAUUGUCGCUUUCCGGGUGAAUCCAGUGAUGUCUUCAGAGAUGGCCCUGAAAUUCGUCGGACCCCAAGCCUUUGGACUUGACGAUGACGUGAAAUAUGUGCCCAUUGGGGAAUUCAUAGAUGACGGCCCUAUUGCACCGAAGUAGGAAGAGAAUCGAACUUCUUUGAGCGACACACGACUUAAGAUGAUAUUUUGUAUUUAACGUUCGAUAGCAUGCUACUUUUGUGCCAUGAACUUAUUCAUGUACAUGUAUAUGUUUACUUAGUGCUCAAGGACAUGCAUUUGUAUGUAUUUAACUCCGUGAGUUAUAAAAACAUUAGUUAUAUCUUUAAGGCUAUGUUCACUUUAAAUCUUUGUAACUUUUGAGUAUUUAAUACAGGGUCUCUAACGGUUGAUAAUUGCCAAGCCUGAAAAAACAUCCCGGGGUCUGAUCGAGGAAAGGCGAUCCAUGUCCGAAGCAGGGUGAAGGGUCUUAGACCCCAACUGAAAUUGUAUCCAAAUUCAUUUAUAUAUUCAUUUCAAGGUUGAUUGAUGCGUAUGUUUGAGCAAAAAGCUCUCAUCCCGAUUUCAGGAUAAAUCCUUAACCCGUAUUCACAAUUUUUCAUCAGAUAAUAGCUUUCAUAUACCGCAAACUUCACUAAACUGUUCGCUUGGUUAGCAAGGCGAUAUUUCAGUGUGAUUAUGUAAUAAACAUGCAUUUUCUUUAUAUUCCGGGUGCAUUUGGCCUUGUCCUUUGCAGGAAACUACAAUAUCACAUAAUAACUAUUUACCUCCUUACACGCACUAUUAUUGUACCAAUGAUAUGCAACAUUGAUGUUUUACAUACACUUGUAAAUUCAUUACUUCAUUUUGGCCUUAUGCUUUGCGGGAAACUGAAAUCAUGCUCAAUACCUAUUUGCCUCCUCCUUACACGCACUAUUAUUGUUACAACCAUAUGUAACAUUGUUGUUUUCAUCAAUGUAAAUUCAUAACUUUAUUUUGGCCUUGUUCUUUGCAGGGAACUGAAAUAAUACUCAAUAACUAUUUGUCUUCUUACUUACACACGUUAUUAUUAUUGUAACAAUUAUAUGUUACAUUGUUUUUUACAUACAAUUUUAUUGUAAAUUUUUAAAUAUACUUGGAUUUAGUGUUCAGGCCAAUGGAAUCGCUGGACAGAUUCACAUUCAAUCAUUUAAAAGAGGAAUAACAACCAAAAUAUUAUUAAGCAGAUUACAACUGCCAAAGUUCCAUUAAGUCACGAAAACAGUGGCCAAUUAUCCAUUUUGUCAUUAAUUGGUUUUAUUAAGCAAGUUAUUUAAAAGCUCGCACAUGCCCACUGGCUAGUAUAAAGGCAAUCAAGAGGCAUUUCGCGCUGAACACUAAAAUAGUAAGCAUUUAUUUUCGGUCUUAUAAACGUCUAGUCGGCGCCGGACUCGACCGUUUAGAAGAUCAAAAAUAAACACGAUUGCUUAGAAAACUGCGUGUAAUGUAAGGAGAUGAGAGAAAGCGAAAAAGUUUUAAGUGAUGUUAGAUAAAGAAAAAAAUAGAACGUUUUUGAUUUUUAGUUUCUGGAAGUCGUUGCAAAAUCCACUUUAUUUCCCUUUUGUGUGAGUGUUAACCUGUUUGAAUGACUUGUCCAAUAUUCACAUGGAAUCCAAUAUUAUUCCAUUUGUUUUAUUCGCAAUAAAUUGUAUUUACUCGGAA